UUCCGCUUCAGCCCCCGCAUUAGUACCACCCCAGCAGCCCACGCAAUUUCCCAACCGCCAGCGCCCCCGGCCGCGGACACGGCGAGGAAAAUCCUUCCGCCGCCGUCCAGCCAGAUCUCGCUCGCUCCCAGAACCUUCCACCCCACCCCGGCGAGUCGCGGGAUGUCGGAGGAGCCCGCCCCCGCGGCGGACGGCGGGGCCGCGCGGCGGCGGCGGAGGCGGUGGGCGGCGGCCCUCCUCGUGGCGCUCCUCGCCGUGGCCGUGAGCUCCCGCAGCUUCCCCUCCAUUUCGUCCCUCUCGCGCGGCGGAGGCUGCGGCUGCCCCGGCGCGAGGAAGUACACCGGGAUGGUGGAGGACUGCUGCUGCGACUACGAGACGGUGGACGCCAUCAACGAGGAGGUGCUCAACCCCAUCCUGCAGGACCUCGUCGCUCUGCCCUUCUUCAGGUACUUCAAGGUUAAGUUGUGGUGUGACUGCCCUUUUUGGCCUGAUGAUGGAAUGUGUCGGCUUAGGGACUGUAGUGUAUGCGAGUGCCCAGAUAAUGAAUUUCCCGAACCAUUCAAGAAGCCUUACAGUGGCCUUUCUCCUGAAAACAUGAUCUGUCAAGAAGGAAAACCAGAAGCCACGGUUGAUAGAACUCUUGACACCAAGGUUUUCAAAGGGUGGGUCGAAACCGAUAAUCCAUGGACAUCUGAUGACGAGACGGAUAAUGCUGAGAUGACUUAUGUGAAUCUUCAACUUAAUCCUGAACGUUAUACUGGUUAUACUGGUGAUUCAGCUAGAAGGAUAUGGGACGCUAUCUACAAAGAAAAUUGCCCAAAAUAUCCUUCAGAAGAUAUGUGCCAGGAGAAGAAGGCGCUUUACAAGCUGAUUUCAGGAUUGCACUCCUCAAUAUCUGUACACAUUGCUUAUGAUUAUCUUCUUGACGAAUCCGCUAACUUGUGGGGACAUAAUCUUUCAUUGUUGCAUGACCGUGUUCUGAAGUAUCCAGAACGUGUCGAAAAUCUGUACUUCACAUACCUAUUUGUUCUUCGGGCAGUGACUAAGGCAGCAGAUUACCUUGAGCAGGCAGAGUACAACACUGGCAAUCCCGAAGAGGACUUGAAAACACAAUCUUUAGUGAGGCAACUGCUUUAUAACCAGAAGUUAAGAUCUGCAUGCCCGUUACCUUUUGAUGAAGCAAAACUCUGGCAAGGUGAAAAUGGCCCUGAGUUGAAGCAGGAGAUUCAGAAGCAAUUUAGAAAUAUUAGUGCAAUUAUGGACUGUGUUGGUUGUGAGAAGUGUCGAUUAUGGGGAAAGCUUCAAGUUCUUGGGCUUGGAACAGCGCUGAAGAUUCUUUUUUCUGUUGAUGGAGAGAACAAUUUGAAUCAACAGUUCCAGCUGCAGCGAAAUGAGGUCAUUGCACUGGUCAAUCUUCUGAACAGGCUGUCGGAAUCUGUCAAAUUUGUACAUGAAACAGGAUCAUCCAGCCAGGAAAUCAUUAAACAACAGAGCUUUUCAACUUUGCAAAAGGGUGCCUCCUGACCAAAUGUGAAACCGUAAUUCUGCAAAGAUGUAAGUGGGCAAGCUGUAUUCAUAACUCCUCUUCUCCAUACUGGGAGAGUGAUGUACAUGCAGGGAGCAGCUUCCUAGGGUUCUACAAAUCGUAGACAAAAGAUAUAUGGUAGAAAACUUUGGAAGCCAAACAAAGACAAGUUUACCCCUUUUUUCUUUCAGUUUUAGUGGGAGAUGUCCCUUUCAAAUUUUGUAUGUAGUGUAGAUUUCACCUCUUUUCAGUCGAACUUCCAGUUAGCAACAUCUUAUCAUUCCUUUUUUUUUUCUGAGAACUUAUCUUUCCUCCGUUGACUGAUAAUACAUAUGACUGCUAACGAGGUA